UAAUCAACGCAGCCCUUCUUCAUUGCAAACCCCAGAUUACAACAAUGGCAACAUCAAAAGUGACUUUGAAGCUUCUCAUUGACACGCAAAGUCACAAGGUCCUCUUCGCCGAAGCUGGCAAAGAAUUCGUCGAUUUCCUCUUCACCCUCCUCUUUUUACCUGUUGGUACUGUAAUCAAGCUUCUCACAAAGCAAUCGAUGGUGGGUAGCAUUGGUAACCUCUAUGAUAGCAUCGAAAACUUGAGCGAAAUCUAUAUGCAACCCAACCAAGACAAGAACUCUCUCUUAAACCCUCAAACCUUCGCUGCCAAAGCUUCAAUUUUGCUGCUCGAUGUUGUCCCAGUGGCUCAGAACAAGAAGUUCUACAGGUGCUCGAACUACAGCUGCACUCACUUUUCCAUCACCGAUGUCCCGCGUAUCGCGUGUCCUUCUUGCCACUAUUCUAUGUCCAGUGAGGUGUCGUUCGUUGGGCGGGCUGUGGCGAAGGACAAGAAAGAGGCAGCCAGCGAUCAGGGAGGAUAUGUUAAAGGGGUGGUCACGUAUAUGGUGGCCGAUGACCUGGUGGUGCAGCCUAUGUCUACUAUCUCUUGCAUUACUUUGCUUAACAAGUUUAAUGUUAAGGAAGUGGGUGCUCUUGAGGAGAGGGUUGUUGAUUUGGGAAUGACUGAGGGUUCGAAGCUGCUGAAGGCAUCUUUGCAGUCCAAGUCAGUGCUGACCAGUGUCUUCCUUGGGGAUACAGUGACCUAAGUAUAUGCUACUCUCCCUCUAAAGUUUAUAUUGUCAAUAGUUGAUUUUGAAUGAGAUUUCUAGCUAUGUUGUUUUGAGGAUUUAUGAAACCUAUAUUGAAGAGGUUAUUUGGCUGAAAGCAUGAAUAUGUUCUGCUUUUAUUUUGUAAGGCUCUGGUUUGACUCUUGGUUAACGAGUGGUUACAAGUCUCGGUGUUUAUUUUGCAAGUGUGGCU